GCUAGUCGGGCACAGGUAGCGCGGCGGAGUGCCGCCCCGGAGCAGGCGGGGGGCGUCAGUACGGACCGGGCUGCCCGGGCCGGCGGCGGCGGCGGCUGCGGCGGCAGGGUGUGCGGCCAGGAGGCCAUUUCCUCGCUGCGCCCCUGGCGGAGCCCGGUUUGCCUGCUCUUGGCCGCCGCCGCCGCCGCCGUGCGAGUCGGACCGCCGGGAGGGCUGCAGGGGAAACCAGGUCACCGGUUCGCAUACCCUGCGCGGAACAGGCACCCCGAGCCCAGAGUCUGCCGUUUCCCUCCCGUUGGCCAACCUACCUGGUGCCAAGUUCCACACGUGAUUGAAUGACGAAGAAGGAGAUGUCAGUGAAAAGAAGGAUCCAGAAUGAUUACUAACCUAUGACUCCCAACAGUAUGACAGAAAAUGGCCUUCCAGCCUGGGACAAACCGAAGCACUGUCCAGACCGGGAAGAGGACUGGAAGCUAGUAGGAAUGUCCGAAGCCUGCCUACACAGGAAGAGCCAUUCAGAGAGGCGCGGCACCCUGAAAAAUGAGCAGGCGUCCCCACAUCUCAUCCAGGCCACUUGGACGAGCUCAAUAUUCCACCUGGACCAUGACGAUGUGAACGACCAGAGCAUCUCAAGUGCCCAGACCUUCCAGACAGAAGAGAAGAAAUGCAAAGGGUACAUCCCCAGCUACUUAGACAAGGACGAGCUCUGUGUCGUGUGUGGCGACAAAGCCACCGGGUAUCACUACCGCUGCAUCACGUGUGAAGGCUGUAAGGGUUUCUUUAGAAGAACAAUUCAGAAAAAUCUCCAUCCAUCCUAUUCCUGUAAAUAUGAAGGAAAAUGUGUUAUAGACAAAGUCACGCGAAAUCAGUGCCAGGAAUGUCGCUUUAAGAAAUGCAUCUAUGUUGGCAUGGCAACAGAUUUGGUGCUGGAUGACAGCAAGAGGCUGGCCAAGAGGAAGUUGAUAGAGGAGAACCGAGAGAAGCGACGGCGGGAAGAGCUGCAGAAAUCCAUUGGGCACAAACCGGAGCCCACGGAUGAGGAAUGGGAGCUCAUCAAAACCGUCACCGAAGCCCACGUGGCGACCAAUGCCCAAGGCAGCCACUGGAAGCAGAAACGGAAAUUCCUGCCAGAAGAUAUUGGACAAGCACCAAUAGUCAAUGCCCCAGAAGGUGGGAAGGUGGACUUGGAAGCCUUCAGCCAUUUUACAAAAAUCAUCACACCAGCAAUCACCAGAGUGGUGGAUUUUGCCAAAAAGUUGCCUAUGUUUUGUGAGCUGCCAUGUGAAGACCAGAUCAUCCUCCUCAAAGGCUGCUGCAUGGAGAUCAUGUCUCUUCGCGCUGCUGUACGCUACGACCCAGAGAGUGAGACUCUGACCCUGAAUGGGGAAAUGGCAGUGACACGGGGCCAGUUGAAAAACGGGGGUCUCGGGGUGGUGUCAGAUGCCAUCUUCGACCUGGGCAUGUCUCUGUCAUCUUUCAACCUGGAUGACACCGAAGUCGCCCUCCUUCAGGCCGUCCUACUGAUGUCCUCAGAUCGCCCAGGGCUCGCCUGUGUUGAGAGAAUAGAGAAAUACCAAGAUAGUUUCCUGCUGGCCUUUGAACACUAUAUCAAUUACCGGAAACACCACGUGACACACUUCUGGCCAAAACUCCUGAUGAAGGUGACCGACCUGCGCAUGAUCGGAGCCUGCCACGCCAGCCGCUUCCUGCACAUGAAGGUGGAGUGCCCCACGGAACUCUUCCCGCCUCUCUUCUUGGAAGUGUUCGAGGAUUAGACGGACUGGAUUCGUUCUCAUGAUUCCUACAGCACUACUGGGUGUCAUUUCAUUCCAUUGCCUAGCUCUUUUGUUUGUCCGUUUGUUUCUUCGUGUUGGGAGGGAUCGUUUGGGGGGAAGGGAGGUCAUCCUCGGCAGAGACAGGGAUGGAAUUGCCCCUUGAAUGCGGGUCCUUGUAACUAUUGCAUUUUGUUCCCCGGUCCUUCGAUGUGAAUGCUUUGGCGGUUUUACAGUUGUGGAGGCGGGGUGGGGGGACAAUCAUCACUUCACCAGCACCCAGCCAUCACCAGCUCCCACCUGUCCCUGGUCAGAGACUCGAGCUAGCCAAAUGGCACUGCAGAAGAGUAAAGAAGCCUUAAAACCGAGAUAAUGCAGUCAUUGUGAGCCAAUCCCAAUUUUUGCAGGGCUCAAGGUAGCAGAGCACAAACCACCUUUGGUUAGAUGUGGCUUUCAGCUUUUUAGGGAAAGAAUCAAACUGAUUUUCAUCUAUUUGAGAGCAUGCUGUUUCCAGUACUCCCAGGCUCUCCUACCCGCAUCACUUGGACUGUACAGAAAUACAGGUGUCCUAACAAAUCAGCUGUCCUUUCAACAUUUUUGUAACCUUAUGAUAUAAUUCCAAGUUAUACAGGCAAUAGAACUCAAAGAUGUGCAGGCAUUUGACUGAUUGAGGCCACGAGGAAAAUCAUUUUCUUGAGUGAGCCCAAAGACAUUGGAAAUCUUCACCAAUGUUAGUGACUCUGCAGUUUCCAAAAAUUCACUCAGGAUUACCUCAUGGUAGGAAGACCUCUCUACGACUUAGGAUCAUAGAACAUUCCCACAGAAAUUAAACCUGUUUACAGGGUGUCAUCAUUUUUCAAUGGCAUCUGAUCUGCCAUCUCCCAAGCUCCUCAAGUUGUUUACCCUGGCUGCAUCUUUGCUGAGUUGACAACAGAUUUCCCUAUGGAGCAAGUUUUCUAAUCACGGAGAGAUAAACAAGCCAAAAUUUGAGUCUGGUUUGGAGAAUUCCAAGGAGAGAUUAGCACUGUUGAAUUCCAAGUUGAAGGAAAUCCAGUAUUGGUGUACUGGUGACUUGGGAAUGCUUCCUUCUAGUUCCAGAUCCUUGAGAGCUUUUCCUUAUUCACAAAUAUUCCCUAAUUUGUUUUCCCUCAUGACUCUGAGGCACUAAAUAGCUCAACUCUCCCUAAAUAAGACUGGUCCUAUCCCCUUUAUAGCACUAUUUUGACAGAUAUUCAGCAGAAAACCCCUGCGGGUCACAUGCCAGAACACUGUCACCUUCCCUACCCGACCUCCCUUCUCAGAUGACCAUCACGGAGUAGAUGUGCCCAGUAAACAGUGAUACCUCAUCACUUCAGCGUCGGAAAAAUGGGAAAAGAAUGUACCCAUGCAAUUGAAUGUAUCUCAUUCUUCACUGGCAUAGUAGAUAUAAACUUCCUUUGCCUGCCUUUUACUGCCUUAUCCUGGAAAUAUUGGGGAAAAUAAGCCAUAUCCGUGAGAUUUACCUAAAAACAAAGAAAUGAAAGUCACUGUGAAAACCAAGUGGACUCAUUUUCUUUAAGUUUGGUGGAGCAGAAGUCAGGGUGCCUGAGUUCUGGUUUGUGCUCUGUUAGCUGGUGGUUUCUGGACCUUAGGUCUUAGUUUUCUUAUCUGGUAAAUAAGACAUGACCUCCUAAAUCCUCACCUUCCAUAUUGUAUGAAUUUCUAGGGAUGAGGGUGGAAUAUGGUUCUUUGGUUUCUUUCAUAAUCAAAUUUCAAGCUUUAUUAGACAAAAAGUAUGGCCCAUUAGCAGUUAAGGGAUGCAUAUUUGAUAUUAAUGUUGAAUAAGAAUUUCCACAAUGCUAGUCAACAAUUUAGAGGAAGACAGAAUGACCUUGGAGAAAAAAGAGGAACAGCACUGAAAAUCCCCAGCAGGAUUGGAAAUAAUCUGGGGGUCGGGGGGGAUCCUAUUUUUGAUGUGCUAAAGCAAUUACACUGGCUUCUGGGAAAAUAUUGCCAUGGUACUUAUUAAUCAGAUAUAGGAAGUGGAUCAAGAGAUUAAAAUAUAAGCAUGAAAUUGUUAGGCAGAUUACCUGCUUUGAUAUAAUCUACAGAGUUGGUUUGGAUUUUGGUUUUUCUAGCCAGUCUCCAGCCAGUCUCCGUACUUGCCUGCCUUGCCAACAUCUCAGCUCCCUCUGUUGAUUCUCCCUUGGGAACUCUCUGCAAAAUGAACAGCCACCUCUAACUCCAGAGUAACAGAGAAGACUACUGGGUGGGGCAAGUUUUCUUUCCAAAGGUACUAAGAGAAGUCCAAGCAGGUGAGCUACUAGACAGGCUCAUGAAUUCUAGAGCAUCAGAUUUUCCAGGGAAUGUUUCCUCAAAUUGUUUGACAGAUUGCCCAGGACAUCAGACACCCACAUGCUAAUGUCAAUGCAGAGCCUGCUAUCAAGCUAUACCAGAAUGCUUUGGGGGUUAACCAUGAUUGGGCAUUGUUCAAUGGCUUCAAUCCAGCUAGCCCCAAGCAGAGAAACGUUUGAACUCCCACUCCUUAAAUGACUGCCUUCCACAGGCAAAACCCUGGUCUAGCUGCCCUGUUGAAGGCUGAACACUUCAUACUAAAUAAGAUUAAGCUCACAGUACUUCAAGUUGAAGAGGAGAUUAUUUAAGGACUCAAAGGAUCAUGACCCUGGAGGUCAGAGCACCUAAACUCAUUCCUUCUGAAACUGAUAGAGGUACUUAUCUCAAGACAGCAUCCCAAAAAGCUUGAUUGGGAGGGAUUUGCUGGGGAUUUCUUUCUUUCCUUUUUUUUUUUUUUUUUUUUUUUUUAACAUUUCUCCUUAUAUUGUUCGAUUUUCAAAUCAAGUAUGGAUCUGAUGGAAAUGGCCUUCACCCCUGCCCCCCAACAGUGGGGAGACAUUCCAGGAGAGCAGAACACACCCACACCACGGGGAUUCCUAUGUAAAAGUUACUCACCAUUAGGGACAAGUAGGCUCAGGUGCGCAUUGGCACGCGCAUGUGUCUGUCUGUGUGCGUGAGGGUACGUGUGCGUGCGCGUGUUUGUAACCCUCAAGUGUACUUUGCUCUUCGAUUUAGACAUGCAGUCCUUCCAGAAACAGUGGGGGGAAAAAAAAAAAAAGAGCUUUCCUUCUUUAUGAUUCUGCUCAAAACACCACGUGCCGCCUCAGAGCUUUUUCUAGUCAAAUGAGCCUCAGUCCUCAAUGACGCGCUUGACGUGUUGACGCUCAGCCCAGCAAUGUCCCCUCACUUGGGCCCCGAGGGACAGCUCAGCCUGCAGUGCAAUCACCUGGAGGGCUGCCAGGCUCGGCUCUGCCCCAGCAGCCCGUUCCCAUUGCUCCUCCGUGAACAGGUGUACAGCCUCGGCCCCUCCUCGACACUAAGCCCCCAGACUCAGCCUCCACGGAACUGCUGAGCACCCUCAAAGCAUGUCCUCGUCAGUGAUACAUUUUUAUUCUAUGGAACUCUAACCUAUUUGUGUCAUAUUGACCUUUUGCUGCAUGAGUCAUAAAUUAUGAAAUCGGUCUUAUGGUUUUUGAAACGUAGCCAGCAUUUGUAAGGCUAAACCUUUUUCAAGAACUUAAUAUAAGUGAAUAACCAAGCCACAGCUCCUCCAAAGGAGAGCGAUGACACAUUUGAAUCUCUUUGCCCUUUCCAACAGCGAUGGCAUCAGGUUCUAAAAUAAGCUCGUAAUUUUUCCUGUUAUUUUAAUAAUAUGGAAAUAUUAGCAUAGUGUUUCUUUUCAUAGUGAUAGACUAUAAUCCAUAUUUAAAUUUUAUAGAGAAGAAAUUUUAUUGUACUGUGAUGUAGAUAUUUAUUAUCCAGGUAAGGAUUUGCCCGGUGUGUAUUUUUUACAAUUGAAACAUUUUACUUUAAUCUU